CCGAAGAAGAAGAAAAACACCCUGCUUCAACAGUGGUAAGAAAUGGCGGCGUCUGUGUGCAGAGUCGGAAGCGUCGUGGGUCGAGUCCUCGGCAAAACCCGCAGUCCCAUCCUGCUGUCUCUGAGGCGUGGACAGGCUUCUGUCAGCUAUGCCCAGAGCCUCCUGGGAGCCCCCGAGACUCAUCUUACGACCCUCGACAAUGGUUUAAGGGUUGCAUCUGAAGAUACUGGACAUGCAACUUGUACGGUUGGGCUGUGGAUCAGUGUCGGCAGUCGCUAUGAGAGUGAGAAGCACAAUGGAACUGGCUUUUUCCUGGAGCACAUGGCAUUCAAGGGAACUAAGAAGCUUUUGCAAACAGCUCUGGAGCAGCAGGUGGAGUCCAUAGGUGCCCACCUGAGUGCCUACACCUCCCGUGAGCAUACUGCAUACUACAUGAAGACCCAUGCCAAAGAUCUGCCUAAAGCUGUGGAGCUGCUGUCAGAGGUCGUGCAGAACCUCUCGCUGAACGAGGCAGACAUCGAGCAGCAGAGGAACGUGGUGCUGCGUGAGCUGGAGGAGGUUGAGGGCAACCUGCAGGAAGUCUGCCUGGACUUCCUGCACGCCACAGCUUACCAGGGCACUCCUCUUGGUCAGAGUGUGUUGGGCCCCUCCAGCAAUGCCAGGAAUUUGACUCGUCAGGAUUUGGUGAAUUACAUCAACAGUCAUUAUAAAGCCCCUCGGAUGGUGCUGGCUGCUGCUGGAGGUAUUAACCACGAGGAGCUGGUUGGUUUGGCCAAAACACAUUUAAGCGGAUUGUCUUUUGAGUAUGAGAAAGAUGCCAUCCCAGUGUUGCCACCCUGCCGAUUUACUGGCAGUGAGAUUCGUAUGCGGGACGACGAUCUUCCUCUGGCACACAUUGCCAUCGCUGUGGAAAGCCCUGGUGUCACCAGUCCAGAUAUUGUGCCUCUCAUGGUCGCCAACGCCAUCAUUGGUAGCUAUGACCUUACCUACGGUGGUGACAAGAACCUGAGCAGCCGUCUGGCUCGCCUAGCUGUGGAGUACAAACUGUGCCACAGCUUCCAGGCCUUCCAUUCGCCAUACAGCGAUACCGGCCUGCUGGGCAUCUACUUUGUGACUGAUAAAUACCAUAUUGAUGACAUGAUGCACUGGAGUCAGAACGCCUGGAUGAAUCUGUGCACCACAGCCACGGAGAGUGAGGUGGCCAGAGGUCGAAACGCUGUGAAGGCCAGCCUGAUCGGACAGCUGAAUGGAACGACCCCGAUCUGUGAUGAAAUCGGCAGACACAUCCUGUACCACGGGCGCCGUAUUCCUCUCGCUGAGUGGAACGCUCGGAUCGAUGCUGUGACUCCCCGUGUGCUGCGUGAUGUCUGCUACGAAUAUAUUUACGACAAGUGUCCGGCUAUGGUAGGCAUAGGCCCCAUCGAGGCGUUAACAGACUACAACAGGGUGCGCAGUAAUAUGUACUGGCUCAGGUUUUAAGAAGACUUGUGGCAUUACACUUUGUGUGUCCUGUUUUUUUUUUUUUCUUUCUUUCUCCUCAACCACACUUGGCUUUUCUCUUUUGGUAUCUCAACAAAAGUGAACCGAGGAUUAAAUCUGAUUGCGUAACAACUMAUGCAGCCAUCCUCUCCUCUGUCCGACUCCCUCUUUUACCCCACCCACUCAGUACUUAGUUAUCUGUGAAGGGGGCAGCCCACCUGAGUCCUGAAAAUACUCUGGUUACAUAUUGGUUGUACAGGUAUUCACCAUCUGAUAGUGUGCUGUUGAUGAAAGGCUGUGAGAGCCAACCUGAAAAUUCUGUAAUCAUCUACAUAAUUCAGCCAAGAUGAAAUAUAAACCUUAUGGUUCGAGAGUAUAUUUAUCAUUUCUGUAACGUUUGUUUCUGUCCACUAUUGUACAUAAAGAAGCUGUCACGCUGACACAAAUAAAAAGUGUAAACAGG